GACAUCAGGCAGGCGCGCUCAUUUGACUCCAAAAUAGGCUCCAACGAAUGUUGCUUUAAGCGUCCGCCCGCCUGUGCGUUUACGCGCGCGCUUGUGUGUGUGUGUGUGUGUGGUUAGUUUUCCCGCACCGGGUGAAAGGAGGGGUUGGAGAGUGACGCUGGCUGCGCCUCGGUGCUGAGCGGAGCCCUUACCUGCAGAUGAGAGAGCCGCGCAGGGGGAGGAGAACUCGGGGACGAGCCGCCGCAGCAGCAGCAGCAACAGCAACAGCGACGGGAAGCAGAGGAGAGAGACACGAGUAACGAGGAGGGGAAUUAACUCGCGCCAUACACCGGAGCGUCAGUACGCAUCUACCCGUUCUUUUUUGGGGGGGGGGGGGGUGUUCCUCGUGCAGCAGGCAGCUCGCUCGCCCGCCACGAUGAGAAGCCACUUCGCCGCGGUCCUGACUGCGGCGCUUCUGCUGGACUCGUUCUGGAGGAAUAAUGGCGAGCGUCCUUCCGAAGGUCCUUGCCGACCCGGCUUCUCUCAAAGCUUCUACUCCCUGCUGAUUUCAAGGGAUGUACUGCAAGGCCGGGACACACGCAAAGAUACCACGCUGCCGUCGCAGAAAGUGGAGUUUGACGACUGCGCGGGGAACCGAGCCGUGGUGUUCCGGAGCAGCGACCCGGACUUCGGCGCGCGGCCGGACGGCUCCAUCUUCGCCCGGGGGGGAGGCGGGGCCCGCCUGGACGAGCCGGUCCGGUUCACGCUGAGAGCGAGCGGCCCGCGCGCCCAGGCCUGGGAGACCGUGGUCCGGCUGGCCCCGGUUGACCCGCCGUCGCCUCUGCGACAUGGAAACGAGGUCACGGAGGGGGAGGUCGCAGCGAGGGAGCAGCAGAAGGAGGCGCCCCAGGCCCCGCCCCCGGUCAUCACCUUCUCGGGCUCCAGGCCGGGCGGCUCCGGGGCCCUGCGGAGGCAGAAGAGGGACUGGGUGAUCCCGCCCAUCAACGUGGCCGAGAACUCGCGAGGGCCGUUCCCCCAGAUGCUCGUCAGCAUCCGUUCCGACCAGGACAAGGACAUCUCGAUCAGAUACAGCAUCACCGGGGUGGGGGCGGACCAGCCGCCCAACGAGGUGUUCAACAUCGACCCCGUGCUCGGAAAGAUGUUCGUCACCAAACCUCUGGAUCGAGAGCAUCGCUCUUCCUACCAUCUGCGAGCCCACGCCGUGGACAUGAAUGGGAACCAGGUGGAGAACCCCAUCGAUCUGUACAUCUUCGUCAUCGACAUGAACGACAACAGGCCCGAGUUCAAAAACCAGGUCUACAACGGCUCCGUGGACGAAGGCUCAAAACCAGGAACGUACGUGAUGCACGUGUCGGCGUUCGACGGCGACGACAACACCACGGCCAACGGGAUGGUGCGCUACCGAAUCCUCUCCCAGAUGCCGCACAGCCCCAUCCCCAACAUGUUCACUAUCAACAGCGAGACGGGGGACAUCGUCACCGUGGCGCCGGGGCUCGAUCGAGAGAAAGUCUCGCAGUACACCAUCAUCGUGCAGGCCACCGACAUGGAGGGCAACCUGAACUUUGGCCUCUCCAACACGGCCACGGCCAUCAUCACUGUCACGGACAUCAACGACAACCCGCCCAUGCUGACCUCCAGAACCUUUUCCGGCGAGGUCCCGGAGAACCGGGUGGAUCUGGUGGUGGCCAACCUGACGGUGGUGGACGGCGACCAGCCGCACUCGCCCAACUGGAACGCCGUCUACCGGAUCAUCAGCGGGGACCCGUCGGGGCACUUCGCCAUCCGCACCGACCCGGUCAGCAACGACGGCAUGGUCACCGUGGUGAAGCCGGUCGACUUUGAGAUGAACCGUGCCUUCAUGCUGACGGUGGUGGUGUCCAACCAGGCGCACCUAGCCAGCGGCAUCCAGUCGGCGCUCCAGUCCACCGCCGGCGUCACCAUAUCCGUCCAGGACGUCAACGAACCCCCUUACUUCCCCACCAACCCCAAACACAUCCGUUUCGAGGAGGGCGUCCCCGCCGGCACCAGCCUGACCACCUUCUCGGCCUCCGACCCCGACCGACUGCAGAUGCAGCAGACCAUCAGGUAUUCGAAGCUGAGCGACCUCGCCGACUGGCUGUCCAUCAACAGGACCAAUGGUCAGAUCGUAACCACGGCGAUGCUCGACCGGGAGUCCGUCUAUGUCAAGAACAACGUGUACGAAGCCACGUUCCUGGCAACGGACAACGGCUCUCCUCCAGCCAGCGGGACGGGCACGCUGCAGAUCUACCUGAUAGACAUUAAUGACAACCCCCCGGCGCUCAUACCCAGGGAGUCCCAGAUCUGCGAGCGGGUGAACAAGAACGUGCACGGCGUCAACAUCACGGCGGCCGACGCCGACACGGACCCCAACGCCGGCCCCUUCGUCUUCGAGCUGCCCAACUUUCCGAGCAGCAUCCGACGCAACUGGACCAUCUCUCGCAUCAGCGGGGACUUUGCUCGCCUGGGGCUGCGGUACCAGAUAUACUUGGAGCCGGGCGUGUACGAGGUCCCCGUGAUCGUCUCCGACUCGGGGAACCCGCCUCUGUCCAACAGGUCGGUCAUCAAAGUCAAGGUGUGUCCCUGCGACGACCACGGAGACUGCACCGCCCUCGGGGCGGUGGCGGCCGCCGGCCUGGGGACCGGAGCCAUCAUCUCCAUCCUCAUCUGCAUCAUCACCCUCCUCAGCAUGGUGCUGUUGUUCGUGGUGUGGAUGAAGCGCAGGGAGAAGGAGAGGCACACCAAGCAGCUGCUCAUCGACCCCGAAGACGAUGUCAGAGACAACAUCCUCAAAUACGACGAGGAGGGAGGAGGAGAGGAAGACCAGGACUACGACCUGAGCCAGCUGCAGCAGCCCGACUCCUUGGAGCACAUCAUCAGCAAGCCGCCCGGCGUCCGCAGGGUGGACGAGCGUCCCGUCAUCCCCGAGUCGCAGUACCCCAUCAGGCCCGUGGUGCCGCACCCCGGGGACAUCGGGGACUUCAUCCACGAGGGUCUGCGGGCAGCAGACAACGACCCCACGGCGCCCCCCUACGACUCGCUGCUGGUGUUCGACUACGAGGGCAGCGGCUCCACCGCCGGCUCCGUCAGCUCCCUCAACUCCUCCAGCACGGGGGACCAGGACUACGACUACCUCAACGACUGGGGCCCCCGCUUCAAGAAGCUGGCUGACAUGUACGGAGGAGGGGAUGAUUAGCUCCGCCCACUCACUCACACACACACACAUACACACACACAAGCGCCCCCGUCCCGUCAGCUGGCCUGCCAUGCUCCGUCCCCGACACACACACACACACACACCAGUACGCCCUUAUUGACCCCCAGUUAACAACACCAUGUUCGCACCGACCCACCGACCGACCGACCAAUCAGACAAGUUUUUUUUUUUUUUUUCCCGGGUGCUGUCCCCCCCCCCGCCGUCUCCUGCUGAGGGACGGACACGGAAGAUCUGAAUCGCAGGCGUCUCAUCGUUGGGUCUAUAGUUUUCUGUCGCCUGGUUUCGUUUCUUCUUUGAACAGAAGCACGCAAGUUGUUUAGAAAAAAAGUGCCUUCAGUGGUGCGCGUUACAGCAGACUCCCGCUGACUCAGGAUCGGUUGCCAUUUUCUGGGCUUACGGCCCCCCUUCCCUGACCCUUUGACUCAGACCUGAUUUUUGUAUCGUCCUGCAGGGCCGGGGCAGCUGCGGGAGACGCCAGUGGCGGUUUGAGAGGAGCGCUGACCGGCCCGCGGGGACGCUUUGUGUAGACGGACCGCGGAGUGUGUGGACGAGUCCAUUCACUCCUCUCC